CAUAGAACUUUGAAAGUGAACAUGGCAGAUCAAGGUAAAGUGCUUAAAGCCAAUAUGCAAUCAGGAGAGCAUUCCCAGGAAGCUAAGAGCUGUCCCGAGAAGGUCUUUGAUGGACCACAGCAGAUGAGCAGCGGACGAAUCAGCACUACGAAGAUGCCGAUCUCAGCCCAUGUCAUAAAGAAACGUGGAGGCACAGAGUCCCCCGAUCCGUUGAAGCCAUUAAAGCAGCCGCAAUCGCCUUCGCAGCUGCAGUCUAAGCCAAAGCCGUUGCAGCAACCGAUUACCAACUGGCGUGACCGUGCCAGUCUUCCAGCUACCAACUCACAGCCGGAGAAUUGGCGUCUGCAAUGCCGCAAAUCGAAUUAAGAACUAUGAAUAUCCAGGAAAGGAGGAUUUCUAGCUUAACUUUUAAGUUCUUAAGUUCUUAA